AUGGUGUAUCUCAACAAGGUUGUGGAUGGCGCCCUGGCAACCAUCGCAGGGAAGCUCGAAAUCAUGGAGCCCUGCUGCAGCGUCAAGGACAGAAUCGCGUACAGCAUGAUCAACGACGCUGAGGAGCGAGGGGUGAUUGCUCCAGGCAAGAGCGUUCUGGUGGAGCCGACUUCGGGCAACGCGGGCAUCAGAGCCGACGUCGGGCAACACGGGCAUCGGCUUGACCUCAUGGCAGUCCCUUGUUCUCUUGUGUCCCUCUGGACCUCUCCCUUUCCUCCCCAGAGCGUGCUGGUUGAGCCGACGUCGGGCAACACGGGCAUCGGCUUGACCUCAUGGCAGUCCCUUGUUCUCUUGUCCGACGUCGGGCAACACGGGCAUCGGCUUGACCUCAUGGCAGUCCCUUGUUCUCUUGUGUCCCUCUGGACCUCUCCCUUUCCUCCCCAGAGUGUGCUGGUUGAGCCGACGUCGGGCAACACGGGCAUCGGCUUGACCUCAUGGCAGUCCCUUGUUCUCUUGUCCGACGUCGGGCAACACGGGCAUCGGCUUGACCUCAUGGCAGUCCCUUGUUCUCUUGUGUCCCUCUGGACCUCUCCCUUUCCUCCCCAGAGCGUGCUGGUUGAGCCGACGUCGGGCAACACGGGCAUCGGCUUGGCGUUCAUAGCAGCGGCGAGGGGCUACAAGCUCGUCCUCACCAUGCCCGCCUCCAUGAGCCUCGAGCGCCGCGUGCUGCUCAAGGCCUUCGGGGCCGACCUCGUUCUCACGGACCCUGCCAAGGGUAUGAAGGGCGCUGUGGCCAAGGCGGAGGAGAUUGUGAAGGGCACCAAGAACGCCUACAUGCUGCAGCAGUUUGAAAACCCCGCCAAUCCCAAGGUGCACUUUGAGACAACGGGGCCUGAGAUCUGGGAGGACACUAACGGGCAGGUGGACAUCCUUAUAGCGGGGAUAGGCACGGGCGGCACCGUCACUGGCGUGGGACGCUACCUGCGCAGCAAGAAGCCUGGCGUCAAGAUCAUCGGUGUGGAGCCCAAGGAGAGCGCCAUUCUGUCCGGUGGCAAGCCAGGUCCGCACAAGAUUCAGGGUAUUGGAGCUGGCUUUGUGCCGGGCAUUCUGGACGUGGGGCUGCUGGACGAGGUCAUUCCGGUGAGCAGCGAUGACUCGGUGGCCAUGGCCAAGGACCUCGCAGUGAAGGAGGGAUUGUUGGUGGGAAUCUCGUCAGGGGCAGCGGUGGUGGCGGCGCUUCAAGUGGCCAAGCGGCCUGAGAAUGCCGGCAAGCUGAUUGUCGUGGUGCUGCCGAGCUUUGGAGAGCGGUACCUGUCAUCAGUACUCUUCUCUGCCCUGCGGACAGAGGCAGAGCAGAUGACACCCUCCGUCUGA